GGGCACUGUGCGGCUGCGCGGAGGCCGACUUUAGAGGAGGCGGAGUUUUGUCCUUCGCGAGAUGGAAAAGCAGUAAGAUCGGUUAGUGGCGACAGCAGAAGCUGGGUCUUAGGCCUGCCGGGACGGUGGGGUUUAGAUUCCUGCCUGACCAAAGCGACCUCAAAAAGGAGAUAAAAUGGCUUCCGAAUCUGAAACCCUGAAUCCCAGUGCUCGGAUAAUGACCUUUUAUCCAACUAUGGAGGAGUUCCGGAACUUUAGUCGAUACAUUGCCUACAUUGAAUCCCAAGGAGCUCAUCGGGCUGGCCUGGCCAAGGUCGUUCCUCCAAAGGAGUGGAAGCCUCGAGCAUCCUAUGAUGAUAUUGAUGAUCUGGUCGUUCCUGCUCCUAUCCAGCAGCUCGUGACUGGGCAGUCUGGCCUCUUCACUCAGUACAACAUACAGAAGAAAGCCAUGACUGUUCGAGAGUUCCGCAAGAUAGCCAAUAGUGAUAAGUACUGUACCCCACGCUAUAGUGAGUUUGAAGAGCUUGAACGGAAAUACUGGAAAAAUCUCACAUUCAACCCCCCAAUCUAUGGUGCAGACGUGAAUGGCACUCUCUAUGAAAAGCAUGUUGAUGAGUGGAAUAUUGGUCGGCUGAAAACAAUCCUGGACUUGGUGGAAAAGGAGAGUGGGAUCACCAUUGAGGGUGUGAACACCCCAUAUCUGUACUUCGGCAUGUGGAAGACAUCUUUUGCCUGGCACACCGAAGACAUGGAUUUAUACAGCAUCAAUUACCUGCACUUUGGAGAACCAAAGUCCUGGUACUCUGUUCCCCCUGAGCACGGGAAGCGGCUGGAGCGCCUCGCCAAAGGCUUUUUCCCCGGAAGUGCUCAAAGCUGUGAGGCUUUCCUUCGCCAUAAGAUGACCUUGAUUUCUCCUUUAAUGCUGAAGAAAUAUGGAAUUCCCUUUGACAAGGUGACUCAGGAAGCUGGAGAAUUUAUGAUCACUUUCCCUUAUGGUUACCAUGCCGGCUUUAACCAUGGCUUCAAUUGUGCGGAGUCUACCAAUUUUGCUACCCGGCGGUGGAUUGAAUAUGGCAAACAAGCAGUGCUGUGCUCCUGUAGAAAGGAUAUGGUGAAGAUCUCCAUGGACGUGUUUGUGAGGAAGUUCCAGCCAGAAAGGUACAAACUUUGGAAAGCUGGGAAGGACAGCACAGUUAUCGACCAUACUCUGCCUACUCCAGAAGCCGCUGAGUUUCUUAAGGAGAGUGAACUGUCCCCAAGAGCCAUGAAUGAGGAGGAGUGCCCAGAGGAGGGCAUGGAAGAGGCUGAGGAUGGAGAGGAGGGUGACCUGAAGAGAAGCCUAGCCAAACACCGUAUAGGGACAAAGAGGCACCGAGUUUGUCUUGAAAUACCACAGGAGGUGAGUCAGAGUGAGCUCUUUCCCAAGGAGGAGCUGAGUUCCGGACAGUAUGAUAUGACGGAGUGCCCGGCUGCCCUUGCUCCCGUGAGGCCCACCCAUAGUUCUGUGCGGCAAGUCGAGGAUGGUCUUACCUUCCCAGAUUAUUCUGACUCCACCGAAGUCAAAUUUGAAGAGCUUAAAAACGUCAAACUAGAAGAGGAGGAGGAGGAGGAGGAGGAAGAAGAGGAACAAGAAGCAGCUGUCUUGGACCUUUCUGUGAAUCCUGCCUCCUUAGGGGGACGCCUUGUCUUCUCAGGUUCCAAAAAGAAAUCAUCUUUGAGCCUGGGCUCUAGUUUGUCACAGGAUUCUAUUUCUUCUGAUUCAGAAACCAGCGACCCUCUGUCCUGCCAGGGGCAAACAGGAAUUCUCACUGUGCACAGCUAUGCCAAAGGGGACGGCAGGGUCACCGGGGGAGAGCCAUGCACAAGGAAGAAAGGGAGUGCCACCAGAAGUAUCAGCGAGCGGGAACUGGCCGAGGAAUCAGUUGCAGAUGAAUACAUGUUUUCCUUGGAGGAGAAUAAGAAGUCUAAGGGCCGACGUCAGCCCUUAAGCAAGCUCCCCCGCCACCACCCGCUCGUGUUGCAGGAUUGCGUCAGUGAUGAUGAGACAUCUGAACAGCUGAUACCUGAGGAGGAGGCUGAGGAGACAGAGGCCUGGGCCAAGCCCCUGAGCCAACUAUGGCAGAACCGACCCCCAAAUUUCGAGGCCGAAAAGGAGUUCAAUGAGACCAUGGCCCAACAGGCCCCUCACUGCUCUGUCUGUAUGAUCUUUCAGACUUACAAUCAGGUUGAGUUUGGAGGCCUUAGUCAGAACUGUGGAAAUGCUCCAGAUUUAGCUCCCCAGAAGCAGAGGACCAAGCCCUUGAUUCCUGAAAUGUGCUUCACCUCAACUGGCUGCAGCACGGACAUCAACCUUUCUACCCCUUACCUUGAGGAGGAUGGCACCAGCAUUCUAGUUUCUUGCAAGAAGUGCAGUGUCCGGGUCCACGCCAGUUGUUAUGGGGUUCCUCCUGCAAAGGCUUCUGAAGACUGGAUGUGUUCUCGGUGUUCAGCCAAUGCCCUGGAGGAGGACUGCUGUUUAUGCUCAUUACGAGGAGGAGCCCUGCAGAGAGCAAAUGAUGACAGGUGGGUCCAUGUCUCUUGUGCUGUGGCAAUUCUGGAAGCGAGGUUUGUCAACAUUGCAGAAAGAAGUCCAGUGGAUGUGAGCAAAAUUCCCCUGCCCCGCUUUAAGCUGAAGUGUGUCUUCUGUAAGAAGCGGAGGAAAAGAACUGCUGGCUGCUGUGUGCAAUGUUCACAUGGCCGUUGCCCAACUGCCUUCCACGUGAGCUGUGCCCAGGCUGCAGGAGUGAUGAUGCAGCCGGAUGACUGGCCUUUUGUCGUCUUCAUUACCUGCUUUCGGCACAAGAUUCCUAAUUUGGAGCGUGCCAAGGGGGCCUUGCAGAGCAUCACUGCAGGCCAGAAGGUCAUUAGCAAGCACAAGAAUGGGCGCUUCUACCAGUGUGAGGUGGUCAGGCUCACCACUGAGACCUUCUAUGAAGUCAACUUUGAUGAUGGCUCCUUCAGCGACAAUCUCUACCCUGAGGACAUAGUGAGUCAGGACUGUCUCCAGUUGGGUCCUCCUGCUGAAGGGGAAGUGGUCCAAGUGCGAUGGACAGAUGGCCAAGUCUACGGAGCCAAGUUCGUGGCCUCCCACCCCAUCCAGAUGUACCAGGUGGAGUUUGAGGAUGGCUCACAGCUUGUGGUUAAGAGAGAUGACGUUUAUACUCUGGAUGAAGAGCUUCCCAAGAGAGUCAAGUCUAGACUGUCAGUAGCCUCAGAUAUGCGCUUCAACGAGAUUUUCACGGAGAAAGAGGUUAAACAGGAAAAGAAACGGCAAAGAGUUAUCAACUCGAGAUACCGGGAAGAUUACAUUGAGCCUGCACUAUACCGGGCCAUCAUGGAGUAGGUGCUUCCAGGGGCCAAGAGAUUCCCAGCCAUCAAGGCAAGAGCACUCUAGGGGUUCCACAGCACAGCAGACACUUGGAACUCCGAAGUCUCUAAAAUGAAGUUGUAAAAUGAAAAGGAAAGAAAUCACACCCCAUCAUCUUCUCAUCCCACCUUCAUCGCAUUCUGCUCUAGUGAAAGGACAAGCCAUUCUUGGACACGUAACAGCACUCGCUGAGCACUGGAAUGCUGUGGCUGCAUUGUCUCCACUCUCUAAUGGGGUCAACUAUGCUGGCUGGGUUGGUUGCCCUUUUCCAGGCCUAGGACAUAGCUUCCUAACGAUCACCCGCACCAACUAGGAAGAGGUGCUGGUGCUUGCCCCUUUCCCCUUCCUCCCUUUUGUAUUUAUGUAUGUGUGUGUGAGCGCGUGUGCGUGUGUGUGCGUUUGGUCUGGACCAGCUUCUGCCAGCCCCUGGCCUUUACUUUCUUCCUUGCCUAUCCAGGGCAAACAAAAUGUGAAAUUCUGCCCUCAGCUGAGCUGAGUAAGGGCCCAUGGGGUUGGCUGGAGAUGGAUGUGGCAUCUGUCUGUCCCUGGAACUGCCUCAAGCAUGUGCUGGCAAAGCUGCAGUAUUGUGAUGCUAAGGAGUUAAUGCCACCUCUUUGUCACCUCUUGAAGGAGAAGAUAGGGGUAAUAUGGGUGUGUGCCCACAUCUCUCUAGGCACAGAACCCCUGUGGCACAGUAUUAGAGGGUGCGGGUGGGGAAUAAUCUGAAGGGGCAUCUUAAUAUGGAAGCAGGCAGAGCCUGGUGGGUGAUUCUGUCAACAGAAAAUUGUAAUCAUGCAGGGGCUGGGAGGGUUAAGAUGAACUGGGGCCACUGGGGCCAGGGGCAGGUUUGCCCUUGGUCUGGGGGUGGGAGGGAGUGGAUUUGGGAGGGGGAGGGUGGGACUGGAGGGCAACACUGAUGGGGUUAAACAGGUUUAUGCUCCUCAUGAAUUUGCCUGGGCCCAGGAUUGGAGGGCUUCGCACCUGUACCCUGUGUAUACAAGAAUCAGAUUUAUAAUACUCCCGUUUUUUGUUACGUAUGAACGCUAUAAACCAAAUUAUUUUGAAAACUGGUGCAUCACCUUGUCCUUAGCAAUAAAACAUGUUGAGCAGA